AUGGAUUCUGAAGUUGCAGCUUUAGUUAUUGACAAUGGUUCCGGUAUGUGUAAAGCCGGUUUCGCCGGCGACGACGCACCACGUGCCGUUUUCCCAUCCAUCGUUGGUAGACCAAGACAUCAAGGUAUCAUGGUUGGUAUGGGUCAAAAGGACUCUUACGUUGGUGAUGAAGCUCAAUCCAAGAGAGGUAUUUUGACUUUGCGUUAUCCAAUUGAACACGGUAUCGUCACAAACUGGGACGAUAUGGAAAAGAUCUGGCACCAUACUUUUUACAAUGAAUUGAGAGUUGCCCCUGAAGAACAUCCUGUUCUUUUGACCGAAGCCCCAAUGAAUCCAAAGUCGAACAGAGAAAAGAUGACUCAAAUUAUGUUUGAGACCUUUAACGUCCCAGCCUUCUACGUUUCUAUCCAAGCUGUUCUAUCAUUAUACUCUUCUGGUAGAACUACAGGUAUUGUUUUAGAUUCGGGUGAUGGUGUUACUCACGUUGUUCCAAUCUACGCUGGUUUCUCGUUGCCACAUGCUAUAUUGAGAAUUGAUCUAGCUGGUAGAGAUUUGACUGAUUACUUGAUGAAGAUCUUGAGUGAGCGUGGUUACUCAUUCUCUACUACCGCUGAAAGAGAAAUUGUUCGUGACAUCAAAGAGAAAUUAUGUUACGUUGCUUUGGAUUUCGAACAGGAAAUGCAAACUGCUGCCCAAUCAUCAUCAAUUGAAAAAUCUUACGAAUUACCAGAUGGUCAAGUUAUCACUAUCGGUAAUGAAAGAUUUAGAGCACCAGAAGCGCUAUUCCACCCAUCUGUCUUGGGUCUGGAAUCCGCUGGUAUUGAUCAAACAACUUAUAACUCUAUCAUGAAGUGUGAUGUCGAUGUUCGUAAAGAAUUGUACGGUAACAUCGUGAUGUCCGGUGGUACCACUAUGUUUCCAGGUAUUGCUGAAAGAAUGCAAAAGGAAAUUACCGCCUUGGCUCCAUCUUCUAUGAAGGUGAAGAUCAUUGCUCCACCAGAAAGAAAAUACUCUGUCUGGAUUGGUGGUUCUAUCUUGGCUUCUUUGACUACUUUCCAACAAAUGUGGAUUUCAAAACAAGAAUACGACGAAAGUGGACCAUCCAUUGUUCAUCACAAAUGUUUCUAA